AAUAUGGCGGCGAUUGCAGUGCCACGCUCGUUCAAAUUUGACGCGCAUGCGCGAGACACUUGAGUCGUAACCGCUUUAAGGGAUACCUCGUUCUCAGUUCGCUAUUCAAAUUUCUUUGUUCAUUUCUCAUCACGAUGGAUCAUUCUGGUGAAAUGAAACGAACCAACGACGUGGUCACCAAUCGUCCACGUAUAAUCGAAUAUUCGUCCAGCAUAAGAUCUAGAACUAGUCGUAGGACGACUACACCAUCCAGUGCCCUAAUACGCUCCGAGUUCGAAUCUCUAAUAUCGGAGAGCAGCGACGAGGACGAAGAAGCGCCGGCCAGCAAACUGGCAAGAUUGUCAUUACCGAAAAUCGGUAAUAACGCGACUAAUCCAAAAGAGGCCGACACAGUUGUCUUCGAAGACAUGGACGAGGCACGUCUCACUGCAACUUUUACUCUUUCUUCUCAUUCCGUUAUUAUCAAAUACACCGGUUUAGUUUCGUUUAGGUAUUUCAUCCCUUUUUUUUCCCCUAGAUAA